AUGUCGGACCUGUACCUAGCACAUAUGCGUAGCUGGCUCCUGAGCUCGCCCCCGGCCGAAUGGAUUCUCAGGCAGACGCACGAGCUGCUCAUUGGGGCACUCAAGCAAGGGCCGGUGCCUCAGCACGUCGCCUUUGUUAUGGACGGGAACAGACGGUAUGCCAAGAACCACAAAAUUGAGAGCCUAGAGGGUCACCAUCUCGGAUUCGAGGCUUUGGCUAGGAUCUUGGAAGUCUGCUACAAGACCGGUGUCAAGGUUGUCACUGUCUAUGCGUUCGCAAUCGAGAAUUUCAACAGACCACAGCGUGAGGUUGAAGGGUUGAUGUUGCUGGCCAAAACUAAGCUCUCACAACUCAUGCAGCAUGGAGAGGUUCUGGACAGAUAUGGGGCCAGGAUCAAGAUCUGUGGAAAGCGAGACCUGAUUCCAAAGGAUGUCCUGGAAUACGUGGACAGAGCUGUGGAGGGUACCAGCAAGAAUACUGGUGCCGUCCUCAACAUUUGCUUUCCAUACGGCUCCAGGGAGGAGAUGACCCAUGCGGUCCGGACCACGGUCCAGGACUACCUGACAGUCCCGCCGCCUAAGAACUCAACGUUCUCUCAAACUCGCAUUUCCCAGAGCAUCAGGUCCAAGAAACUGGCCAGAUCUGACACUCUUCCGCCAAUCGAUGAGACGCCCUCAGCAACAGAAACUCCAGGUCACGAUGGUGAUGGCGGCGAUGAUUCGGUCUCGUCCACAGCUUCAACGUUGCAUCUGCCCGACACGCCCUCGCGGCCGUCCUCGUCACACAUGACGAGAUACCCAGAUCCUGAAAGUAUCACCACCGAAACCCUGACAGACCACAUGUAUACGGCUGGGGAUCCGCCCCUGGACAUGUUCGUCCGCACGAGCGGAGUAGAGAGACUGAGCGACUUCAUGCUAUGGCAGUGCCAUCAGGACACGCAGCUCUUCUUCCUCAAGUGCAUGUGGCCAGAUUUCGAUCUAUGGCAUUUUCUGCCAGUGUUGAUCGAGUGGCAGUGGAGACAGAAGCAAAAGGAAAGGGACGAGAAGCCUCGUCGGGGUUUGAAGUCCCGUUGA